AAUAGGUGGAGAUGGAAAGUGUUCCCAAUAUCAUUAAACAGUAAAUCUUUCAAACCGGAGCACACACAAAUGGAAGGUGAGAUACUGCUUUUGUUAUACUUAUCGUUAGGCUAUUUCUUACGACUAUCACUACACUAUUUUCUUUUUAGACUACUUAAAUUAUCAGCCUGUGACAUUACAAGUUUAGUGGUAUGAUUCUUUGGUGGGUUAUGUCACAACUCAGAUUUACUCAGCUAUCAAGCUGUGGUUUGUGGUCACAUGGUCAAUCCGCAAUAACACUUUCAAGGCAGUUUAACAUUGCACACCUGUGAACUCUUGACACCACAAUUGAAUCAGUAUGCUUUUAUAAUCCUUUAUAAUCCUUGAAAUUAUUCUAGUGUAAAUGAUCUGAACGAUUUUAUUAUCUGUAAAAAAAAUGAAAAAUAUGGAAUUGUAAAUGUGUUCUUAGCACUGCUAAGCAGAAUUUACUAUUCAGAUGAGAUAUCUUAUUGAAUAGGAAAAAGGAACACCUUGGUAUUGCUGCAUUUUGAUGUAGUUUCUGAUCUCUGCAUUUUACUCACAUUAAAGUUUUCAGUAUUCCAUUGACAAAAGCCCAAUGUUUCUUUCUUUCCAGAAUUGAUUAUCCAAUUUGUCAACCUGGAACUGCAGGGCAACCAUGAGAGCCACGAGACCCAGGGGUUCAGCUCUAAAACCCUGGUGGUGCGGAGAGGAGCACCCUUCAAAGUCACCCUGCUCCUCAAGGGACGAGCCUUCAACCCACAAACUGACACCCUGGUGUUCAGAGUCCUCCUAGGUACACUGCCAUACAUACUGUUCAAGUCAUAUUUUUUUGUCAAUAAUUGGUUAGGACAUUUCUUGUCAGAGCGUGGAUGAUGUAUUUAACUCUGUAGAAAGCUAAAUUAUACACAUUCAUGAGGAUUAAGGAGACAAUAGUGGUGGUGUACGUUGUGUUAUCUGAUCCAUAUUCAUUCCUUUUCCCCAACAGGUCAGCUGUACGUGGAGUUCCCCGUCACCUUCUCCAAGCAGGGAUCCCCCUCCCAAUGGAGUGCCUACUUCACCACCAAAGGCCUGAACCCCAACUCUCCCUCUUUGUACAUAUCCAGCCCUGCCUCUUCCUCCGUAGGGCUCUACAGUAUUCAGCUCCACGUGCUCACACAGCACGGUCAGCAGGGCUACGUGGUGGGAGACUUCAUCCUCCUUUGCAACCCCUGGUGCCAUGGUGAGUUAAUCUACAGAACAACUUAAACCCGCUCCUAUGAUUAAAUGUAUUGAUGUAGCCAGGUUUGGGGUCAAGUCCAUUUCGCUUCAUAGCAAUAUGAAAGUGAAUAGAAAUUCUGAUUCAAGACACGAAAUGGAAUGGAAUUUCCCCCUACACAGAUUGUCCUUGAGUCUAGUGCAAACUUUAAUCUUGAUUAGAUAGCAUAAUAAUAUUUAUGGAAAUGCUAAUAGGGACUGCAUUAAUGCAGUGCCUUUCAUCAAAAGUGCUUUACUAAGUGUGAUAACCUUGGUGAUGCAUGGCGGCCAUUUUGAAUCCUACCUCCGUUAUUGCGGUGGAGAGGUAAGGGUUCAUUUCGGAAAAUUUCUACAUCAAUCUAUUUUCAAACUAAGUACCAGUACUAUACGAUACAAAUAUAUACUCCAUGUUUGAUGUUAAAGUAAUCAAAGUUUUCUCCCUCCAGAGGAUGCAGUGCACAUUCCCUCCGAAGACCAGAGAGAGGAAUAUGUAAAGAAUGACUCUGGUUUAUUGUACAUGGGGACCCCUAAAAACCUUGAAUCAAGACCUUGGUCGUUCGAUCAGGUGAGCAUCUCCUGACCAGCUUCAAAACAUUUUACAAUACCAUUCAAAGUCAAUUUACAUAUUUUCCAAAGAGAUCUGCAAAAAGGCUUGACAUGACAACAUACAUGACUAAAAAUAAAUGAAUAAAGGAAGAAAUGAAAAAUCUAUUACAUAAAGUAAGAAAUAAUGACAUAAAUUGACAAAAUAAUUACAUAAAUGAAAAAUGUAUAACGUAGAUUUAAAAAAUAUAUAUAUAUUCCAAUUUUUUUCUAUCUAUGCAGUACGAGCCAGAGAUUCUGGAUAUUUGUCUGAAGCUGCUCCAGGUCAGCCCGCAGCAUGGCAGGAACUGGCAGAAGGACUACCUUCGCCGCGCUGACCCUGUCUACCUCAGUAGGGUGGUGUCUGCCAUGGUGAGUGACAACGCCUCAGAUCCCUCAGAUAGUAAAUGAAUCUCUCAGGCUUUAUGUGUGGGAAUGAGAAUAACAGCUCAGGAGCUCACAAAACAGUUCCUGGUUUGAUAUGACUGGCAGUCUAUAAUACUGAUAAUAUACUCACUCAAUGUAAUGUAUUUCAGUUCAAGCAAUGAAGGUUAAAGUGAGGUUACGUGAUAAGGCCAUUAAAAACUAUUGUAUUGAGUCAUCUUACUACAUUAAACUUUCUUAAAUAAUUUAUCUCCGAAUUGAAUAAAUGGUACUUAGUACUUAACUUUUGGAGUAGAAGAAAAUGACCAUGGAAGUACCUUGUUACCAGGUAUUUACCUGUCAAAUAAAUGGUUACCGAAUAAACGUUGUUGAUCCCUAGAGGGAACAUUGGGUAGAUAAUUGUGUCAUUCUCUAUCAGAUUAACUGCGAAGACGACCGAGGAGUCCUGAGAGGGAACUGGUCGGGCGAUUUUAAGAACGGGGUGCCCCCCUCCAAGUGGACAGGAAGUGCGGAUAUUUUGAGACAAUGGGCCAAGUCCAAGUUCAGCCCAGUGAAGUACGGCCAGUGCUGGGUGUUUGCUGCUGUGAUGUGCACAGGUAAUGAAUAUGUUGGAAAUGUAUGUAUUGUAAACAUUUGUAUCUAUGCAUAUUCAAUAAUAUCGCUUCCAGCUGAAUUUCUGUAUAUGUGCAUCAUGGCACAAUCGUAAUGGAAUAUUUUAAGAAGAUUGUCUAAUUUAUGUUAGGAAUAUAAAUAGUUAAGAAAUUAUUGGUCAAAUCAUUGACAAUUCUUCAUCCUUGUAUUUCUAUCUGUUGCUAGUCAUGAGAGCUCUUGGCAUUCCAUCCCGUGUCAUCACCAACUUCAACUCAGCCCAUGACACCAACGGCAACCUGGUCAUCGAGGAGUUUUACUCUGAGACGGGCAAGAAACUACCUCACAGUAAAGACAGCAUAUGGUAAGCACAUCUCUAGUCUACAGCAUUACCACACUUGAAUAAUAAAUAUUAUUUGUAGAUUAAAUAAUAUGAAAGUAGAUUAUAUAACAGCAAGUAGUAUUUUAAGUAACAUGUAAGUAAUUGCAUGUACAAAUCAACCAAUCUGUCUUUGGUAUUAAAAUGUGCUGUUUUGUCCUCCAUUUCAGGAACUUCCAUGUAUGGGUGGAGUGUUGGAUGACCCGGCCAGACCUGGGUGCAGGAUUUGAUGGGUGGCAGGUUUUGGAUCCAACCCCGCAGGAGAGGAGCGGAGGUCAGAGUCAAAACAGACUAAAUAGAAACUCCAUAAUAAGUUAGAUUAAAUAAAACUGAAAACCCAUACAUAAAUAACAAGUAAAAAACUAUUAUUUUAGUUUUUAUGAUAUUCGGACACUGCACUUAUCACAGUCAGCCAGCCACCAACACUGAUAACCAGACAUAAAUAUAUGUAUAAUUAUUACCUGUUAUAUUAUUUAGGACACGUUCUACAUCAUCCAGACUGGAAUCAACCAAAGAGUACAGCUGCUAUUGCUUCUAGUUCUAAACCUCUACCAUAUAUUUCCCCCUCCUAGGAAUCUUCUGCUGUGGCCCAGCCCCAGUGAAGGCUAUCAGAGACAGGCGUGUGGACCUGGUCUACGACAUCCCCUUUGUGUAUGCUGCGGUGAACGCUGACGUCCAUACGGUCAUUGUGAAGCAGGGCCAGGUGCUGAGCUCCAGCACAGACACAGAGAGAGUUGGCUCCCUCAUCGUCACCAAGACCAUAGGCUCACCAAGGCCUCAGAACAUCACAGGGGACUACAAACCCACCGAAGGUGAGUCGAACAGGAAGUGAUGUCAUGAAUCAAAUGCUAAUAUCAAAUCGGUAAGACUUUAUAAUAACUAUCAUGAAUAAGCUAUUUGUAAACUAUGAAGACACACCACACACACAUAGAUACAGUGCAUUAGGAAAGUAUUCAGAAUUUUUUAGGAGACGCUCUUAUCCAGAGCGACUUACAGGAGCAAAUAGGGUUAAGUGCCUUGCUCAAGGGCAUAUCGACAGAUUUUUCACCUAGUCGGCUCGGGGAUUAGAACCAGCGAACUUUCGGUUACUGGCACAACGCUCUUAACCACUAAGCUACCUGCCAUCCCUUCAAUUUUUCCACAUUUUGUUAUGUUACAGCCUUAUUAAAAAAUUGAUAACAAAAAAAAAAUAAACAUCAAUCUACACACAAUACCCCAUAAGGACAAAGCAAAAACAGGAUUUUAUAAAUUUUUGCACAUUUAUAAAAAAAUACAAACUUUAAUAUCACACUUACAUACAGUGAGGGGAAAAAAGUAUUUAAUCCGCUGCUGAUUUUGUACGUUUGCCCACUGACAAAGAAAUGAUCACCUUUUGCAGCAAUUACAGCUGCCAGUCUCUUGGGGUAUGUCUCUAUAAGCUUGGCACAUCUAGCCACUGGGAUUUUUGCAAAACUGCUCCAGCUCCUACAAGUUGGAUGGGUUCCACUGAUGUACAGCAAUCUUUAAGUCAUACCACAGAUUCUCAAUUGGAUUGAGGUCUGUGCUUUGACUAGGCCAUUCCAAGACAUUUAAAUGUUUUCCCUUCAACCACUCGAGUGUUGCUUUAGCAGUAUACUUAGGGUCAUUGUCCUGCUGGAAGGUGAACCUUCGUCGCAGUCUCAAAUCUUUGGAAGACUGAAACAGGUUUCCCUCAAUAAUUUCCCUGUAUUUAGCGCCAUCCAUCAUUCCUUCAAUUCUGACCAGUUUCCCAGUCCCUGCCGAUGAAAGACAUCCCCACAGCAUGAUGCUGCCACUACCAUGCUUCACUGUGGGGAUGGUGUUCUCAGGGUGAUGAGAGGUGUUGGGUUUGCGCCAGACAUAGCUUUUUCCUUGAUGGCCAAAAAGCUCAAUUUUAGUCUCAUCUGACCAGAGUACCUUCUUCCAUGUGUUUGGGGAGUCUCCCACAUGCCUUUUGGCGAACACCAAACGUGUUUGCUUAUUUUUUUCUUUAAGCAAUGGCUUUUUUUGGCCACUCUUCCGUAAAGCCCAGCUCUGUGGUGUGUACAGCUUAAAGUGGUCCUAUGGACAGAUACUCCAAUCUCCACGGUGGAUCUUUGCAGCUCCUUCAGGGUUAUCUUUGGUCUCUUUGUUGCCUCUCUGAUUAAUGCCCUCCUUGUCUGGUCCGUGAGUUUUGGUGGGCGGCCCUCUCUUGGCAGGUUUGUUGUGGUGCCAUAUUCUUUCCAUGUUUUAAUAAUUUAAUGGUGCUCCGUGGGAUGUUCAAAGUUUCUGAUAUUUUUUUAUAACCCAACCCUGAUCUGUACUUCUCCACAACUUUGUCCCUAACCUGUUUGGAGAGCUCUUUGGUCUUCAUGGUGCAGCUUGCUUGGUGGUGCACCUUGCUUAGUGGUGUUGCAGACUCUGGGGCCUUUCAGAACAGGUGUAUAUAUACUGAGAUCAUGUGACAGAUCAUGUGACAUUUAGAUUGCACACAGGUGGACUUUAUUUAACUAAUUAUGUGACUUCUGGAGGUCAUUGGUUGCACCAGAUCUUAUUUAGGGGCUUCAUAGCAAAGGGGGUGAAUACAUAUGCACGCACCACUUUUCUGUUAUUAAUUUUGUAGAAUAUUUUGAAGCAAGUUAUUUUUUUCAUUUCACUUCACCAAUUUGGACUACUCUGUGUAUGUCCAUUACAUGAAAUCCAAACAAAAAUCCAUUUAAAUUACAGGUUGUAAUGCAACAAAAUAGGAAAAACGCCAAGGCGGAUGAAUACUUUUUAAAGGCACUGUGUAUAUAUAUAUAUAUAUAUAUAAAUAUAUAUAUAUAUAUAUAUAUAUAUAUAUAUAUAUAUAUAUAUAUAUAUAUAUAUAUAUAUAUAUAUAUAUACACAGUGCCUUUAAAAAUAUAUAUAUACAGUUGAAGUCGGAUGUUUACAUACACUUAGGUUGGAGUCAUUAAAUCUCGUUUUUCAACCACUCCACAAAUUUCUUGUUAACAAACUAUAGUUUUGGCAAGUCGGUUAGGACAUCUACUUUGUGCAUGACACAAGUAAUUUUUCCAACAAUUGUUUACAGACAGAUUAUUUCACUUAUUGUUCAAUGUAUCACAAUUCCAGUGGGUCAGAAGUUUACAUACAUAAAGUUGACUGUACCUCUAAACAGCUUAGAAAAUUCCAGAAAAUGAUGUCAUGGCUUUAGAAGCUUCUGAUAGGCUAAUUGAAAUCAUUUGAGUCAAUUGGAGGUGUACCUUUGGAUGUAUUUCAAGGCCUAUCUUCAAACUCAGUGCCUCUUUGCUUGACAUCAUGGUAAAAUCAAAAUAAAUCAGCCAAGACCUCAGAAAUAAAAUUGUAGAACUCCACAAGUCUGGUUCAUCCUUGGGAGCAAUUUCCAAACGCAUGAAAGUACCACGUUCAUCUGUACAACAAUAGUACGCAAGUAUAAACACCAUGGGACCACACAGUCAUCAUACUGCUCAGGAAGGAGACGCGUUCUGUCUCCAAGAAAUGAACAUACUUUGGUGCGAAAAGUGCAAAUCAAUCCCAGAACAACAGCAAAGGACAUUGUGAAGAUGCUGGAGGAAACAGGUACAAAAGUAUCUAUAUCCACAGUAAAACGAGUCCUAUAUCGACAUAACCUGAAAGGCCGCUCAGCAAGGAAGAAGCCACUGCUCUAAAACCGCUAUAAAAAAGCCAGACUACGGUUUACAACUGCACCAGUAGCCCCCAGCUAUCUUGGCACGCAUACCUUCUGGCUCCCACCAGUGACAGAAAUAAAUACAUGGAAUGUCCUCAUCCUCCAAAUCCUAUGCAGUUCACAAUAUCCAACAUCAACUAAUGCUGUAUAAAAUAUGUAAUAUCAGGGAUAUACAAGGAUUCACCAUAACCCUACACUACCUCUCUAUAUUAUGAGAAAAGUGGUCUUUGAGUGGCUGUUAUGAAUCCAUAAAACAAUUGUGAAUAUUGGUUCAAGAAUACUGAUCACUCAUGAGUCUCAAUGUCACAGCGUUGUGUUUAUACUGUAAUGAUCGUCUUUAUAUCUCAAUCUAAAUCCUUUUUGUUUCAUAUGCAGCUGCCAUGUCCUCCCACAGAUCAAGGGGUGCAAGUAAGUGUUAACUUAUUAUCUACAUUAUUCAAUUAGUGUAUGAAAAAAUAGCACUAUUCAACAGUAUUUAUUACAAGCAAAUUCAUAUUCCUAUUUCCAAAUGUUAUUUGAUCUUCUAUUUGGUUCUGUCUAUAUUCCAUCUUUCCACACAUUUCAUUGACAUCAUACAUUUAAUUGAGUAAUUGACAUAAUAAACUUCAUUGAAUCAUUGACAUAAUACACUUAAUUGUGUCCUUGACAUAUUACGCUUCUUUGAGUCAUUGACAUAAUACACUUCAUUUAAUGUUCCAUUCAUAUGUUUCUCAUAGGGUCAACUCAGGGCCUCUCAGUGUCUCUGAGCCUCCUUAAAGUGCCUGCUGCUGGGGAAAACAUCUCCUUCACAGUCAUGGUCACGAACAUGGAAAGCGUCCCCAAGGUGCUGAGGGAGCAUGUCAACGCUCAGACCAAGGAGUACAACCACAGUCCCUCAGACGCCUUCUGGGAGGCCCACAACAUCAUACGGAUAGCGCCGCACGAAGGUAGGAACCUUAACGCAUCGCUAACGUUAACUCCGGCGCAUAAUGUCAAAUGGCUAGCACCCUGAAGAUAGUGUAUCUCCCUCCGCACUGAUAUAUGGAAUUAAAUCUGUUAUAUUUCUUGACAUACCAGUAGUAAUUUUCCUUGAAAUUAUCUCUUUGGUCAUAUGGAACAUUUCGGGGACACCAUGCCAUUUUGUUGAACCUACCAUGUAUUCACUAAUUUGUCCCCCCUCUCUCUUUCUCCCUCUCUCUCUCCCUCCCUCCAGCUAAGGCCAUUCAUCACCAGAUCGGCCAUGUCCAGUAUGAGUCUCUGAUGGGAGAUGACCUGGUAAACCUGGCUGUGGUCAUGGAGGACGAGUCCACUCAGGAGAGAGUCCUGGCCUCAGAGGAGUUCAACAUCACCAGCCCUCAGCUCUUUAUACAGGUAUAAGCAUCUCUUCAGAAAGUCUCUAGACACCGAAUUAACUUCACACAGGGUAUUUGAAUGCCGUUAUACAUCUUGUGUUGACAUUCAAAGCAAUUAGACCUAGACUAAAUAAUAUAGCUAUGUUUAGACAGUGAUUUGCUGUGUGAAAUAGGUCCAUUCCUUGUUUUAUACCUAAAACAAAUGAGUUGAUAACAUCCUGUGUGCAGAUGAAGGACAUAGCUUGAACCUUUUAUUCUUUAGAUUGCAGAUGAAGACUCCAUCGUGCCACACAAGGAGCACACUGCCCUCGUAGUCUUCCGCAACCCUUUCUCUGUACCUGUGAGCGGCAUAUUAACCGUGGCUGGCUCUGGUUUGAUCGAGGGGAAAAUUCACUCAAGGUAAGAACGUGUUCUUUUAGUGUUCUUUAAAUGUGUUUCAUUCUUUGGUGUCUUAGACGUCAACUAGAAAACUUUUCUUACAUAAGGAGUGACGAAAGGCAGUGUUGGUAACUGCCAAUUUGGAUUCCAUUGAGUAUUAGCAAAAGAAGGUGCAACCACUAGGAGUGGCAUAGUUGUAAGGUAUAUGUCAUAAGUCCUUAAAUAUUUGUAUGGUUAAUCAAGGACAGAACGUAUGCUGCGCAAUAAGGGCCAAUUGAAGAUCAUUUGGAGAAACAAUUGUAACUCUUAUAUAAAGGCUGUAAUUAUACUGUACAUGGUUACUUCGUGCUAUAUAAUUUGAGCGAUAACCACAGAGGAAAUUUACAAGAUCCAGAGACAAAACUACAUUCUGUCAACUCUUUGCACUUCAACAUUUUCAUUAUGAGAUGGCAUGCAGUAGAUUAACUUCACUAGAUUCAAAGGGAUAGUUCACUCUUAUUACAAAUUACCUUGUCCAUAGACUGCUUACAGGGUAAAGAAACAAAUGUCAUUUUGUAAUUGGGUGAACUUCCCCUUUAAUCUCCAUUCCCCUAACCUUCACAUGAAUAACCAGUCUUGUCAAUUCAUAUGUUGCAUCAUUCAGACAAAUGCCUUACAUACUGUAUACAUUCCUUCCUAUCUUGCAGGGUUCACCUGUUAAAGCCAGGGGGCACUGUGGAGAGGAUUUUCAGUUUCACUCCGAGGAUUGUGGGGAAAAAGAUGUUGCAGGCUACUCUAGUCCUCGAAAACAAUUCUGCAAAAAUUACAGGCUACAGAAUGAUCUCUGUGAAGGCAGCUUAGUCAUUUUGCAAUGAUUCAGAUGGUGCAAGUAAAUAUGCUUGUAUUUCAGGUAGGAAUAUCAUGUACAAC